AGUUCUGUUCUUAUUUUGAUUUCACAGCAACAGAUGCCAUUUUGACAGCGUCAAUUCUAUAUUGGACGUCAUGGCCGAAGAAGAUGACUUUGAAAGACAACUCCAGUUGGAGAAAGAGGAGCAGAGUAAGAUAGAGCAGGGUUACACGUACACUGAUCCCAGCGAUGGUACAGAGUACGAAUGGGACGCAGAGAAGCAAGCAUGGUUUCCCAAGGUCGAUGAAGACUUCCUAGCAGCCUAUCAAGCCAACUACGGUGUCAAUACAAAUGAGCAGAGUGUCAAAUCCUACUAUGAGCAGUAUGCUGCCCAGCUGGCAGCAGAACAGCCAAAACUAGCCAAGGCUGAUAGUGACAGUGAAGAGGAUGAAGAUGAUGACGAUGACGAUGACGAUGAAAAUCCAGAGGGGAGUAAAAAGAGAAGUGGAGGACGAGACAAGUCUAGCCACACACAGAAGGAAACUGCAGAGGAGCAGAAGCCCAAGGCCGGUCAGAAGAGGAAAGUACAGGAAGGCUGGUUUGAGAUGGACGAGUCUAAGAACACCAAUGUCUAUGUCAGUGGUCUGCCCGAAGACAUUACCCCCACGGAGUUUGAAGAAUUAAUGAGUAAAUGCGGAGUGAUCAUGUUUGACGAAGAGAAACAAGAAAAUAAGAUCAAGUUGUACUUGGAUCACCAUGGUAACAUCAAGGGUGAUGGAAGGUGUUGUUACCUCAAGAGAGAGUCAGUGGAGCUUGCCAUCCAGUUGUUGGAUGACUCAGACCUACGAGGAAACAAGAUCCAUGUGGAGUUAGCAACGUUCCAGAUGAAAGGAGACUUCAAAGCUAAACCCAAGAAGAAGAAACCGAAGAAAAAGAAGAAAAACUACCAAGAAAAGUUGUUGGAUUGGAGGCCUGAGAAGAAGUUUCACCAGCGCAAGAGGAACGAGCAAGUGGUUAUCAUCAAACAUCUCUUCCAUCCUGAGGAAUUUGAGGAGGAUGCUAUGGUUAUUAAUGAGAUCAAGGAUGACCUACAGUCUGAGUGCUCCAAAUACGGGGAAGUCAAGAAAGUCAUCAUCUUUGAUAGGCAUCCUGACGGGGUUGCAUCCGUCAAGUUUAAAGAUGUGGAAUUUGCUGAUCUGUGUGUGGCAGCCCUCAACGGCAGGUGGUUUGCUAAGCGGCAACUGAGCUGCGAGCUAUGGGAUGGCGUGACAGACUUCAGGAUAGAGGAAACCGACCGAGAGCGGGAAGAACGUCUCAAGAAAUGGGAGAACUUCCUCGAAAGUGACAAAGGGAAAGAAAAAACAGAAGGCAAUACUACUAAGUGCAGCGAGGAGGGUGUUGAAUCCAGUAGUAAGCCGGAGGAAACUCAGAAAGCAGGGAGCAAUUCAACAAGUAACACCGAAUCUGUGGAUGCAACUUGAGUGUAACGCUGGUUGGUGCACAGUCUUCAUGUUUAAGAUUUUCAAUAUUUCCUGACACUGCUUUAUAUUGAGAUAGCCAGCUGAAGAUGGACUGAAGUUUCUUCUUGUUUGGUUUCUUGGGUCAACUCGGGUCACAGAGGUCAAUCUGGGGUCAUUCAACAUUUGGGUGCAUCAUUGGCAGCAAUUAAAAAGCCUGCCUGUACAUAUUUUUUACAGGAGUAAAGAAAGUUAGUUCCAAAUUCCUUAUUUUGUUAUACUUCUGUGUGAAUUAGUAAACAGUACCUUGUAUCUACAUUCAGAUCAACUGCAGCAUCGCUACUAUGGGCAGCGCGCCGUAUCGAUACAUCUCGUCACUAACCCCUGGAAGGGAUGUACAUGUACAUGUACCAACCGAAAAUUGGUUAUGCAUUAGAUGUCAAGUACGUGCGCGCGUAGUUUUAAGAUAUUUGUAUGCUGAUCAUGCCCGCGUUUUUGAUGACAACAUGUUUUUAAAAACAAAAACAUUCUUUGAGACGAAAGACAUGCGUGCGCACGUAGAAAACAUUGAAUAAUG